GACGACUUCACUGAGCAGCAUGUGGGAUUUCUCUUGCAACCCGAGCAGUGUGUAUGCUCGACUCUGAACUCUUUCAGCACUUGUAACGAACCAUGUCUUGGUUCUGGGGCGGAGGCCAAAAAGACCCCAAGAAUGAUCCUGCAAAAUCUCUGGAUCAAGACCUCAAGAAGUUCCUGGAUGAGCAGCAACCGAAGCCAUAUUCUCCCGCCGAGCUUCCAACGCCCAAGACAGAGAAGCCAAUCAUUCCGGUGACGCCCGACGUCAGCCAUGAACCCACCGAGCGUGCGCUGCCAAAAGAGUCCCUAUUCCAAGAUGGUCGAUACAAAGAUAUCUGGAAGACCUAUGUCCCCCAAGUAGAAAUGGAUGCUGCAACAAACACUCCAGUCGAUAGAGUCCUCAAUGCGCGGAAGGAUCGGAGACAAACCAUUCACAGGGCGGCACUGGAGAAUUGCGCCUUUGAACAACAAAUGCAGCAAGAUUGCUUGACAGGAGGAACAUGGUCCCAAAAGAUCAGAGGCAAAAUGACUCUUUGCCACGAAGAGAACAAAGCCUACAAUCGUUGUUACAGUCUUCAGGCAAAGUUUCUGCAAGCAUUAGGCUACAUGGCCAACCCGAACAACACGGAUGAGGACGAGGAAAGAAUUCAGAUGCACGCAGAUAAGCUGUAUCACCGCAUGAUGGAUUACGAGGCCGAGGUGGAUGAAGCCAGGCGGAAUGAUCGCCCAAUACCCCCGCUCUCAUCCUUGUUCAGCCCCAACCAAGCAGCUCCCACACUCUCACAACUGGUGCUCCCUCCAGCAAUGGCAGGAAAGAUGAAAAAGCCUUUGGAUGAGUACGCUCCACACGAAAGAGAAUUGGCGGCAAAAGCAGCCAUAGAGGAAGCCAAGGUGUCUGAUGCAUACGCGAGAGACCUCUUCACUUACACUGUAACGAUGAAUCAGGAACGAAAAGAACGACAGAAAUGGCUGACAAAGGCUUUUGGCGAUACCAUUGGCAAAUUCCUCAUUCCCGAUGGCCCAAAUCAGGAGCCAUCCGCAAACGCGCAGUCAUAUGAUCUCGAAGAACUGGAAAGGAGAAUUUGGCAAGGGCCUGGCAAGGAUUCCAAAUGAAGCCAUGAUUCUGCACCACCACCUGGGGAGGCAUUUUCAGUCUCCUGACAAGAACUCCUCACAGCUCGAAUAAAUGUCCUUGGGCUUUUUCGCCUGUAAGAACCAUCUGCCUUACAGCAUGGCCAUCGAGGCGACCUGGACUUCGAUCGGCAAUCAUGAGGCAACGGAUCAAGGCACUCAAGGUGCAGCAGAGGGCUCCAUCAAGCCACUUGUGCCUAAACCAACGGCCAUAAAAAGCCUUGUGAACAGAGAGAUGCACUAUUUCAGUCGAGGUCGAAUAGCCGGUCUUAAAGACAAGUGGACAUUAGAAACAUGCAGUCUAUCAACACAACAGACGACAUCUUGUAUCAGAUGCUUGGUUGGUUCAACGUUUGUCGCACCCAAAAUAUCCCCCGACUCGGCAGGCAUCACCAUGUGCCCGAACAGGAAGGUGAUACCACGAGCAGAAUAUUCAAGAUGAGAGACAAGAGGUUUGGAAUUCCACCUUCUUCUCUGGUCAUAGUCUUUAUUCUGAAAAAAUUAUCCGAUUGACGACGGGGAACUAGGGUGUGUGAUUGUGGGGCCGAGGGCCCUGCACGAUGUCACUACCGAAGCCUUCCUGGUCUACGGGAGAAAUGAAACCGAGGCCUCGCAAUCUGACCAUCAGGCUUGAUUGUGUUAUUAGCUCUGUGAGGUUCUUCGCCUUCCUAUAGUAGACAAGACCUCAUGUAUUAUAAGCAUUUAAUUCUCUACUCAUACUGCAUUAUUUCUUGUGUGAAGCGCGGCAAUGUUCAC